CUACACAAUCCUUCGCUGCUGCCGAUCAAUUGCUGCCGAUGAGCCGACUCGCACGCCGUCGUCGGCGUGGGUCUUUGUGGUCCGAAGCGGCCCAGAGGGGACAGGCUCGAUGCCGCCGCUUGUCGUCGUCCGAAACCACGUCACCCCUCCCUCUGCGUCCCGCACCAUGUCCAACUGCUCGAUCCGGUUCGCUCGCUGUUCAGUGGCGGGGCUGUGGUACACCGGCACGUCGGUCGUCAACAGCGUGUGCAUCUUGGCGCAUGCGUCAUGGGUGCAGACCGGCAGAGCGAUAUCGAUCAUCUGCUGCCUGCUGAAUAGCUGUCGCAAAUUCUGCCCACCCGCUCCACUCGUCGCUCGCCGCAGGGCGCUGUCCAGCAUCUGAUUGACCGUCGGCAGCUGGUGGAGGUUCGGGGGGGCAUCUCUAGCGGCGCCGAGGAAGCGAUUACGCAGAUAGAACCACGCGCCGAGAAGUCUUUCGGGGUCCUUGACGAUGCGGGCGUACACGAGUAUGUAGCGGUUGUAGUGGUUGAAGUAGCUAUAGUGAAUGAAGGGAGGGAGGGGCUCGCCGCCUGCCGACUGGAGCCCCCCGAGAUGGCUUGGUAGCUGCAU